GAGAAGUGACGCUGCAUGCGCUAAUUGAGUGAAAACUUAAAAAAAACUCAAGUAGCAAUGAACAACAACAAUAACAACAGGCUAUAUGCGGACUCCGAGGAGGACGAGCUCGAGUUAAGCGAAUCUUAUAACAUCAACGAGAAUGCCAAUGGUCGGCUGAGCUGCAGUAGCAGUGCCAGUGACGGCAGCAGCAGCAAAUCAGGCAGCAGCUCUAGCAGUCAAUCAAGCGACGAGGACGAUGACGAAGAUGCAUCAGAUCAGGAUAUGAACACGGAUUCAAAUUCCGAUGAUGCCAUUACAACACAAUCCGAUGAGCUGGAGCUGGCUCAGCUUAAUGCAUGUCACACCUUCCGAUUGCCGCGUGGUCUCUGCGAAAGUGCAAGCAUCUUCCACGAAUUCUUCUCGGUGGAAACCUGGCAAAUGUUGCCGCAGAAUCUGCAGGCACUACUGCAGCCACUUCUUCCCAAUUAUGCUCCAAUGCUGACACCCACGCAGGCUGUAGCAGAGCAGCAGCGUACAUUACUACAGUUAUUUAAUGGAGGCUUGCAGAGGUUUGGCGAAUCACCGCUGCUACGGUUACAGCGGCAGCUGGAAGAGGGCAGCCUGCGUCCAGAUGUGUUGCAGCUACGCCUUAGCAUAGAGCGCUCCCAGCGACGCGAGCGUCGCUUCCAACAAGCGGAGCGUCUCAGUCGACUAGCCAAAGAACUGUUUCUCUCACGCGAGCAAAUGUUGCAGCAGGCUUACAACACGUCGCCGCCUUCAGAAAGCGAAAAUGAUGCCGUCAAGGCGCUGCCUGUCUGUCGGAAGCGCAAGUUGCCCACACUACAACGUGAAAAUAAAUUCUGUAUGGAACGUGCGCGUAAACGCUAUUGCCGCGAGCUUGCUGCACUAUGUUGCGAGUUGCAACUGCAACCAGGUGACAUAAGCGCAGACGAGGAAGACGAGGCAGUGUCUCUUAUGCCAGGAGAGUGGCAGCUUAAAACAGAUGCAGCUUUUUCCAUGCGCGGGUCCAACGCAGCGGAUAAAAAAUGCAUUUAUAGCACGUUCUUCAAGCGACGCCAGGACCUGGAUGAUGAGCAAGUGUUGCGUGGCAUGCAAAUGGAUAAGUUGCAAACACUUAACGACAAGAAUUUCAAAAAAUAUUUACGAGACUACAAGCGACGGAAACUGCAAUACGCCGAAUUGCCAGAUUUUGAUACAGUGGACAUACGCUUGCGAGAUAUUUGCACUCGUGCGCAGUUUGUGGGCAGCUUUAAGCCUGGACGUAAGCCCAAGGCGCUUACGGCGCGUCUCAAUCACAGCGCCAAUGAGCCACCGGCGUUGGUGCCAAUUGGUGGCCCAGCUACAGUAAAACUGGAGACCAAGAGCGAGUUGUUAACGGAUGAGCCACAGCAAUUGUAUGGCCGCGAUGGACUUGCGAUAGAAGGCGAAGAGGAGGAACAAGUGGAAGUUGAAAUGCCUGCAAGCAGACCAAUAACAAUUCUUACGCAGCUGCCCAAACUGGAGCCCAUUGCAGCGCGUGCUUCGCCGAAAGCUUUCAUUAAGGCCACAACUGGCGCACACAUCACAGGUAGUCCCACACGCGAGCUAUUGGUGGGCGUGGCAGCUGCCACACGUGCACAUGCCUGUUUUUUCUCGCUGUUGCGCGACUUGUUUGUCUCCACGCCGCAGCAUCGUUUGACUUAUGCUGAGUUGCAAGCACAGCUAAUCAAGUGGCGCACCGAGCAAAGCCUAACGCCGGAUUGGAUACGUCAAUUACCAGCAGAUUGUACGCAAUUACUGCAGUCCGCUGUCGGUUUUUUGUCAGGUGACUUUACAAAACUGCCGCAGGAAUAUGUGCCUUACAUAGAGCAUAAAACGCAGCUGGGCAUUUAUCAAUGGAUUGGCGCUGGACGGGACUCAGAUGCGCGUCUGCAAGCGCUCUGCCAGUUCUGGCUGCAGCGCCGCAAGGAAGAUAUAGUGUUGCUGCAGCCCAUGCAACAGCAACAGCCCGUUGUAGACGUUACGCCCACGCCGCCGCCACGUUGCCCCACCAGCUGGACAGUGCGAGUGGCCACACAGUCGGAAAUGCUGGAGUUUCAGCGUCAGGAGCGUCUGCGUUUUGAGCAGCCCCAACGUCCCUUUACGUACCGCAUGCAUGGCUACGAGAGCGUUGUGGGUCCGGUCAAGGGUAUCUAUAGUCAGAGUAUGCCGCUCAACAAAGCACGCGGACAUGCUGUCAUGGUAGAUGAACGUCCGCCGUUUGUAACCAUCUUGACGCUGGUCCGUGAUGCCACUGCCCGUCUGCCCAAUGGCGAGGGCACGCGGGCUGAGAUUUCGGAGCUGUUGAAAUGCUCGCAAUACAUCAAUCGUCUAGCAGCGGAAAACGUGCUGCAGACCAUUGUGAGCGGUGCCUUGGAUCGCAUGCAUGGCGGCGUUGAUCCUUGCGUGCGUUACGAUGCGCGUCGCAAAAUUUGGAUCUAUUUGCAUCGCAAUCGCAGUGAGUCUGACUUUGAGCGCAUGCAUCGCCAGAAUCAGACGCUUGUGAAGCAGAAGCAGCAGCAGCGUAAGCAGAACAAGCCAAAGAAGGAUGACAGCGUUGAGGUUAUAUCGGAUCAACUGUUAACGCCGUCGCCGCCGGCUUUAGUGGCCGCCAGUGCUGGCGCUCCGCCAGUGCUGAAGCAGCAGACGCUUCAGCUCAAAUGCCCGCCUGUACCGCCGCUUAAAUAUAAUAUACCGCCUGCCACACCAGUUGCUGCCCCACAACCGCAAUUGCUUGCUGCCACACAAAAGUCGCUGCUGAAAUCAACGCAGCGCAGUGGUAUUGUUACCAUAGCAUCAACAGGAGCAUCGCCUAAGCUGCAACAGCAGCAACAACAACAACAGCAAUUAACGCAUACCACGCCCAUUUUGGUGUCCACACCCACGGGACUGCAAACGGUGCAUGUGGCAGCAACGCCUAACAAAAAGGUGACUAUUAAAAAGCCCAUGCUCUUCAACUGCGCAACGCCUGAGCAACCGCAACAACAACCGUUAGAGCAGAAGGUAUCGCCAGUGCGUCAGCAAAUGCCCAAAAAUAUUAUAAGAUUGCUACCAGCAGGAGCAGCGCACAGUGUUGCAACUGCAGCAGCAACAAAUGUUAUUACUACAGCAGCUGUUACGAUGGCCAACAAGCCGGCAGUUUUGCAAGUGCCACAUAAAACUGCUACAGGAGCUGUGCAAAUUUUAGGACCACGCAUGCUAGCCCAGACAACUGUGCGUCCAUUGCAGCAAAAAAUCGGUGCGGUGUCCAUAGUUAGCCAGAGGCCGGCGACUAGCAUUGCCACUAGUACAGGCACGGGCACCAUUGUUAAAAUGUCGCCACAAGCAUUUGCCACCCUGCAGCAGCAGCAGCUCAAGCAGAAGCAGGCAGCUAAUUCCACACAGCAGACAGCGCAGCAACCACAGCAGCAACAACGCAUUCUUGUGGGAAACACUGCCAUUUCGUCGAACAAAAAUAUAGUAUUUCAGGCGCUGCCCAAGGCAGCAACAAAAAUACUCAAUGCCAGCAACAGCAGCCAAGUCAAGCCGCUGGCCACUGCGAAUCUCUCGCCGCAGCAGCAACAACGGAUUGUACUGCAGAGCUUCAAGCAGCCGUUGGUGAGCUCCAGCGCCGCUGCACAAACCCAAACGACAACGCGUAUUAUACGUACCACACCCGCAACAACUGUCACGGCCACGCCUACAGCAAACAAUCAGAUCAUAACCCUGGAUUGUUUGUUGCAAAAGUCAACGCCUGGAAAACUAUUAACCACAACCGCUGGAAAUAAUAUUAUUCAGCUGGGAAAUGCCAGUGGCACCGGAAAUAUUAUUACAUUGGCAUCAAGUGGGCAGCAGCAGAAACCGCUGCCAGCAGGAGCAACACGCAUUGUGACCGCCGGUAGUCAAGUCAGCAUGGUGCCCAAGAUUAUAGGAAAGACUACUGUGGUGCCCGGUAAACCGUUAAUGCUGCAAGCCAAGACACUCAAGUUGAGCACUAACAACACUGUAGCGCAGAACACAGCAACCACAGCAACCGUAGCAGCAAAGAGCACCGGCCAGAAUAUUGUCAUCGGCGGGCAAACGGUCAAACUGCAGGGCGCGUUUGCUGCCCAUAAAGCCGGUGGGGGCACCAUGCAAACUGUUAUUAUGGGCAAUCAAUUGCUGCGCUUAGCUACCAGCACCAGCAACACAACAGCCAGCAACAGCAGCAAUACGACCAACAGCAUUGUAAGCGCGCCGAAGACAUUGCUCAUUGGGGGCAGCACACAAGCCUUGCGUCUGGGAAAAAAUAUAUUGCUAGCUACCAGCGGCACCAGCAGCAGCAGCAACAACAACAAUGCUACAACAACAACCACGGCGAGCGCAACAACGCCUGGCAAUAAUCUUGUAUUUGCCGUGCAAGGCAAUGGAGGCCAGUUGUUUUUCUCACCUGGACUCCAAGGUGUGAACUUAAAACCAUUGUCCAAUAUGAAAGUAAUACCCAUGUCUGCGGCCACAACUAUAACCACUGCCAGUGGCGCGAAGCUUUCAAAUGUUACGGAUACCGUCACGGUGGCUGGCAAGGCAUUGAACGCCAAGCUGUUGCCCACAGCUGUGAUUAAGACAGCGAGCGGUGGGCAUGGCAAUUAAGCGAAGCAAGCAACAGAGGCUU